AGUAACGCCCCCCUAAACGAACAGCUGUUUUUUUUUCCCCCUCGCGCCUUUUCGCCGUCAUGCACAGGCUUAAAAUUAUUUCGGGACAUUUGCGUCCGCCGUUCCCGGAGGAAAAGGGGACCGUGUGGGCCAACGAGUGCGCGGCGUCGGCGGCUGGGCCGGACGACGUGGUGGUGGUACACGGCCUCAGGACCCCCAUUGGGAAGGCCAAGCGAGGAGCUUUCAAGGACACGACGCCCGACGAGCUGCUGAGCGCCGUAAUGAGCGCUGUACUGAAGGACGUGGGUUUGUCUCCUGACCUGCUGGGCGACGUGUGCGUGGGAAACGUGCUCCAGCCCGGGGCCGGAGCCUUGAUGGCGCGGGUGGCUCAGUUCCUCAGCGGCUUCCCCGACUCGGUUCCCGUCUACACUGUCAACAGGCAGUGCUCGUCCGGACUGCAGGCCGUGCUCAACAUCGCAGGGGAGAUCCGGAGCGGCUCCGUGGACCUCGGCCUCGCCUGCGGCGUGGAGAGCAUGUCCCUGCGCUCCAUCGGGAAUCCCGGAGAUUUGAGCUCCAGGCUGGUGGACAACGACAAGGCCAGAGAUUGCAUCAUCCCCAUGGGCAUGACGUCAGAAAACGUCGCAGAGAGAUUCGGGAUCUCCAGGGAGAAGCAGGAUGCCUUCGCGUUGACGUCUCACCAAAAGGCGUCGCGGGCACAGGCGUCGGGCGCGUUCGACGACGAGAUGGUGCCCGUUGUGGCCAAGAUUGUGGACAAGGACGGCGAGGAGCGGCAGGUGACGGUCGCCAAGGACGACGGCUUCCGGCCCGCAACCACGCUGGCAGGGCUGGCCAAACUCCCGCCAGCCUUCAAGCCCGACGGCGCCACCACGGCCGGUAACUCGAGUCAAGUCAGCGACGGGGCGGCCGCCGUGCUGCUGGGCCGCCGCUCUGCCGUGGAGGCGCUGGGCUUGCCGGUCCUUGGAGUCCUGCGGGCCAGCGCCGUGGUGGGGGUGCCGCCGGACAUCAUGGGGAUCGGGCCCGCCGUCGCCAUCCCAGAGGCGCUACGCAAGGCCGGACUGAGCGUGGACGACAUCGACGUGUUCGAGAUCAACGAGGCGUUCGCCAGUCAGGCGGUGUACUGCGUGGAGAAGUUGGGGAUCCCCCCGGAGAAGGUAAACCCCAACGGGGGAGCCAUCGCUCUGGGUCACCCGCUGGGCUGCACGGGCGCCCGCCAGCUGGUCACCAUGUUGCACCACCUCAGACGACAACACAGGAGGGCCUACGGUGUGGUGUCCAUGUGCAUCGGCACCGGGAUGGGAGCGGCCGCCGUCUUCGAAUAUCCCGGCCCGUGAUGAAGCGUGGGACCGCGUGGUCGCACACACGAACCACGCAGUCCUGAUCGCUCCAUCGAUCAUGUUGAAUGAUUGAUUGAUUGAUUGAAAUCGAUUCAAACAGCUUCUACCCUCCGGCAUCAACAAGUUGAAAAGUUGACUUUGCUCCCGUGGAUUUAAAAAAGAAAAAUCUAAGAUAAUCACAUUUAGAGCUUUUAUUAAAUUAAUGAACAGCUAUUUUGAUAAUCAUUUAGCGCUAUUGAUCUUACAACCGCCCAUAUUCUCUUUCUGCCUCUCAACGGUGAAUACCUUACUUCCUGGCCUACAGAGCGCACCUGCUUACAAACCUCACAGAGUACAUUUGUAAAGGAAAUACCAUUUGGUACACGCAUAGGCCGCAGCUGUGUAAAAGCUACAACUGCACACAUUGAAACACGAAAUAUUUAUAAAGAAAGACGGUACACAGAAAGAGUUUAAUGCUAGUGCGGUGCUAACGCUAGUGCUAACACUGCACUAAAGCUAAUGCUAACGCUGUCAGGGCCGGUUAAAAUAAAACCUAUCGAUAAAUAUCACUGAGACACGCAGUAACACAGCAGCAACGUGCUAGCGCUAACGCUAGUGCCGCGGUAACAGGGCCGGUAAAAGUCACUUCCUUGGCACAUAUAUUCCACCGGUCUCAUUCUUACAUUUUCCACUGGAGUGCCCUCCUUGCGGCCAUGAAAAAAAAAAAAAACGCACAAAUUAGCCGCAUCACCGCAUAAACCGCAGGGUUGAAAGCGUGUGCGGAAAAAAGUCGCGGCUUAUAGGCCGGAAAUUACGGUAUUCUGUUUUCUGCAGUCCUCCAAGAAAGCUUUUCUUAAUCAAAAUAACACAUUGACAAACAUCUGCUUUUGUGUCAGUAAACAACAUGAAUCCGAAUAGUAGUUUAGACGUGCCCUGCGAUUGGUCAGCGACCAGUUCAGGGUGUACCCCGCUUCUUUCCCGGAGAUUGUUGCAAUGGACUCCAGCACACUCGUCACCCUAGUGAGGAUAAUUGGGCCGGAAGAGGAAUAAAUUACGUACACAUGUACAAAAAAAUGUGCAAGGAUGGGAAGAUGAUUGAAAAUGGAGUUGCAUUGCAAUUCCAAGUUACAGUAGUCAUGAAGGGAUGCAUCGGCAGGACCCUUUGAUCCAUCCAUCCAUCCAUUUUCUUUGCUGCUUAUCCUCACAAGGGUCACAGGGAGUGCUGGAGCCUAUCCCAGGUCUCAACGGGCAGGAGGCGAGGUACACCCUGAACUGGUGGCCAGCCAAUCACAGGGCACACCGAGACGGACGACAGUCGCACCCACAAUCACACCUAGGGGCAAUUUAGAGUGUCCAAUUAAUGUUGCAUGUUUUGGGGAUGCGGGCCGAAACCGGAGUACCCGGAGAAAACCCACGUAGGCACGGGGAGAACAUUCAACCUCCACACAAGUGGGGCCGGGAUUGAACCCGUGUCUUCAGAACUGUGGGCCAUUUGACGUUUCCGCUUAAAAUGUCAAACCAGAUGGAAUUAAGAAAAUGUUUACUGAUAAAAUGAAAUGUAAUUACUGUACAUAAUAAAAGAUGUUUGUUGCAUUAUG